ACAGAGAUCUCAAGUGUUUGGAAGGUAGACCUGGAGUGAGGCUGCAGGCCCAGGCGGCUCAGCUGCAGAGAUUUCCAGCUGAGGAGAAAGUGUAUGCAUGCGGUCAAGUUGAGAAGCCAGUCAGCAGUGGUUCCUCAGUUUCACCACUUCACAGAAUUGCUCCUAGUGUGGAAAACACUUUGUCACCUGCACAACACAGGAGAACACACACUCGAGAAAAAUCUUACAGCUGUAAUGACUGUGGGAAGGCUUUUAGCAAAAGCUCAAACCUCAGGAAUCACAGGAGAAUUCAUUCUGGACAGAAACCUUACAGAUGUAGUGAGUGUGGCAAAGCCUUUAACCACCAGUCACACCUCACAACACAUCAGAGAGUGCAUACAGGAGAGAAACCUUACAAAUGUCGAGUGUGGCAAAGCCUGUGCUGAGCGUUCAAGCUUAACAGACAUAAGAGAAUCCAUACCAGAUAGAAAUCGUACAGAUGUCUUAAGUAUGGCAAAGCCUUUACAGUGCGCUCAUAUCUUACUCAACAUGAGACAGUCCAUACUAGAAAGGAACCACACAGAUGUAAUGAGUGUGGCAAGCAUUUUACACAGCAUUCAAAUCUUAUGGCACACCAGAGGAUUCAUACAGGAGAAAAACCUUAUUUUAAAUGUAAUAAAUGUGAUAAGGCUUUUAUCGAACAGUCACAACUUUGAGGUCAUGAGAGAACUCACACUGGAGAGAAACUUUACAAAUGGGAUGAGUGUGGCAAAGCCCUUACAAGACAUUCAUAUCUUACUCAACAUAAAACAAUCCACACUGGAGAAAAACCUUACCAAUGUAAUACGUGUUGCAAAUCUACUCAAUUUGCAAGCCUCACCAGGCAUCUCAAAAUACAUACUGAAAACAACAUAAGCCUCACAUAAGUGGCAAUGCUUUGGUCCAAAGCUCAAGGUUUAGGGGUCACCAGAGAUUUUAUAAGAAACAAACUUUAAGAAUAAAGCGAUUCAGACAAAAUUUGUGCAUGUAUUCAAGCCUUACUUAACAUAUGGGAGUCUAUCAGGGAGAAAGAAGACAUACAGAUGGCCAGCAGACACAUGAAAAGAUGCUCACCCUCACAGAUCAUCAGGGAAGGGUAAAUCAAAAGCUCAAUGAGGGGGCUUCCCUGGUGGCGCAGUGGUUAAAAAUCCGCCUGCCAAUGCAGGGGACACAGGUAUCCGAAUAGAAGAAGAAGAAUUUUUUUCUGUUUACAACCUACAUGAUCUAACGUGUAGAAAAAACUGAAGAUUCCACACACACAAAAUCCUGCUGGAACUAAUGAAUGAAUUCAGAAAAAUUAGAAAAAUAAAAUAUGUAGGGUAUAACCUUAUCCAAGGAGGAAAACAUUUUUACAAUAUAACCUAAAAACACUGCUGAAAAAUCUUAGAAAAGAUACCAAUAACUGCAAAUAUAUCCCAAGUUCAUGGAUUGGUAGGCAAUAUUGUCAAGAUGUCCAUACUACCCAAAGUGAUCAACAGAUUCAACACAAUUCUUAGCAAAAUCCCAACAGCGUUUCUUGAAGAAAUAGAUAAAUCCAUCCUAAGAUUCAUAUGCAGUCUAAAGACCCUCAUUGCAAAAACAAGUUUGAAAAUAACAAAGUUGGAGGUCACACAAUUAUUUCAAAAUUAUCACAAAGCUAAACUAAUCAAAGUGGCAGAGUACUGGCAUGAAGACAGACCCGUGGAACAGAAUAAAGACGUCAGAAAUAAACUCUUGUGUAUAUGGUCAAAUGAUGUUCCACAGGGUGUCAGUACCACUCAGUGGGGGAAGGUCAGUCUACUGAACUGUGCUGAGAGGAGGUCAAGAUGGUGGAGUAGAAGGAUGUGGAGCUCAUCUUCUCCCACAAAUACAUCAAAAAUACAUCUCCACGUGGAACAAUACUCACAGAAUACUUACUGAAAACUGGCAGGAGAUCUCAUACAAUGAAAACUGCCAGAAAGAUCCCCACUUAACCGGUUAGGACAAAAGGGGGAAGAAAGGAGUCGGGAUGGGAACCGCACCCCUGGGAGGGAGCUGUGAAGGAAGAAAGGUUCCCACACCCCGGGAAACUCCUCGACUGGCUGAGAGGUCCACCAGGACAGGGAGGGGAGCGUUUGACACUAGAGAGGAGAGUGCAGGAGCUGGCUUGUGGCCAGGUAGGGUAGGGAGAGAGCAGCACAGCCAGUCCUUGCCAUGCUGCUGUAUUUCCCAGCCCAAGAUGUGUGCCUCCUGGUGUGCGCAGCAACUGGGUGCUGAAACUCAGGCCUCGGGGACACACUCGGGGAGAGGAUUCAGUUUUGCUGUGCAGAGACGGCCCAAAGGUACUGGAGUGUGGUCUGGGCCACAGGUGGGGUUGUGUGCAGGACCGAGUGCAGGUUUGCAAAAGGAGCCCACUAUCAAUGCACAAAGGCAGGGGCGUGGGUCUGUUAAAGGAGCCUCAUUGUCAGGGUGCUCAGAGGGGCACAGCUCUGGCCGUCGCAGGCUUUGGGAGUGUGUGUGGGUGGCAGGUUUGGGGAGCGCACACGUGUCUCUGGAGGGGCGUCUGACCCGAUUAUUGGCAUUCUGACAGCAGGGUUGAGUUGGGGAAUGGCACCAGCUGCAGCGGACUUUGUGGGCUAACACACGUGGAGUUGGGGCUGAAUCUGAACCUAUUACCAGUGCUCCUGCAGUGGAGGUGGGUCUGAGGGCAGCACCAGCAACCGUGGACUUUGUUGGCACACACACCAGGUAGCAGGUGGUGUCACAGUCACACAUCCCAGUGGAAAGCUACUGAGGAGGAAUACAUCAUAGCUCCUUUCCCAGCAGGGUGAUCCAAUCCUGCCUACCUCACGUCACAGCUUAGAAUUGGAUCUGGGGGCUUCUACCCCAACCAGUACUUCAACUACAGGGCUGUUACAACCACCAAGCAAAGAAGAGGCCCUGCCAAACAUCCACUGCAGGCUCCGGUCACCACAACAACAAACAUACCACCUAUCAAGAGGACAAUGGCCAGCACACCCUGACGAAAGACGUGGCAAGCGUCCAUACCAAAAUAGCCCUUGCACCAAAAAUUCUGGACUCACACACAGUGUAUUCAGGGAUGCUCCCGCAUAAAAGCAGCCCUUCAUCAGUAGAUAACUGUUGCUCCUAAAUUCAUAGAGAAAUAUAAAUAAAAUGAAAAAGCAGAGGAAUACUUCCAAUUGAACAAGAUAAAUCUCCUGAAACAACAAAAAAUUAAACAGACCUCUUCAGUCUAUAAGCCCCAAGUUCACAAAGGAGGUAAUAAAAAUGCUGAAGGUAUUAAGAAAGACUAUCAAUAGAAAUGCAGAUCACUGUAGCAAGGAAAUAGAAAACAUAAAGCGGAGCCAAACAAAACUAGAAAACUCAAUUGCCAAGAUAAAAGCCGAACUAAAGGUAAUGAAUAAGGAGACUAAAUAAGGCAGAAGAACAAAUAAGUGAUCUGCAAGACAGAGUAACAAAUCACACAAUGAGAAGAGCUGAGAGAUCUACACCAAGACAUUAAAAUGGCAAAAGUUAAAGAGAGGAUUCUAAAGGCAGCAAGAGAAAAACAAAGUCAGUUACAAGGGAACCCCCAUAAGGCUAUCAGCUGACUUCUCUACAGAAACUCUUGCAGACCAGAAGGUAGUGGCAAGAUAUAUUCAAAGUCCUGAAAAGGACAAACCUGCAACCUAGAAUACUCUACCCAGCAAGAUUACCAUUUAGAAUAGAAGAAGAGGUAAAGAAUUUUUCAGACAAGCAAAAACUAAAAAAAUACAGCAAUCCUAAACCCACCCUAAAAGAAAUAUUGAAAAGAUCUUCUCUAAAUAGAAAAGAAGCUAGAAUCUAUAGGAAAGGGAAAAAUCACAAUACAAAAGGCAAAUAAAUAUAUAAAGGGAUUGGAAAUCACAUAAAUGAGCCAAUUCAUAGAUUAAAAAAC